AUGACUGAAGCACAGAGUAGAAUCCUCAGUAAUAUGAUAGCAAAACCAGAUAUAUUCACAGGUGAAAGAAAAGAAGAAAACGCACUUUUGUGGUUAAAGCAAGUUGAUAGGAUUAGGGUCGGGUUAGAGUUAGUCGAUUCAGCUAUAUUGAUUAUUGUCGGCAACCAUCUAAGAGGUAGAGCAGAAGUAUGGUGGUCUACACCGUUUACAUUUUCACCGUGCAUUGAACAUGAAAGCAAUAACGAUGCCAGCAUGAAUAGCGCGUGGUUCAAUGAAACCCUCAUGGUGGCACGCUUUUAUUUUGUCCUUACAUUUGUCAGCCUAUUACUAAAUUGCACAGGGGUUGGAUUAUCAAUUGGUUACAGUAUGUGUCUAAGUGUAAUAACGCAAUUUGUACGGCAUUAUUGCUUGAAAUAUGAGCGUUAA